AUGGCUUCCUCCCUAAUUUCCAAGAGACUACGCUCAACCGAAGCCGAUAAGGAUGCUGAGCCGAGCUGGCUUCGUCGUCAGGUCACCGGUGGCCUCCAAUUCAUCUCUCGUCGCGCCUGCAUUCACCCAAUUCACACCAUUGUGGUGAUUGCGCUGCUUGCCAGCACCACCUAUGUUGGCCUUCUCGAAGGUAGCCUGUUAGACACACGCAACUCGCGAAAUGUCGCGGGCCAGGUGGAUACGGAGACUCUCCUUCAAGGAAGUCGGAAUUUGCGACUAGGAGAGUCCACCUCCUGGAAGUGGCAAGUCGAAGAUUCUUGGGCUGAUGAGAGCCAGAUUGAGACCACCGCUGCCCGCCACCUCGCUUUGACCACUUUCAUUUUCCCGGAUUCCACCUCCAAGUCAGCGUCGACCGCUCCCGCGGCAGACACUGUCCCUGUUCCUGGCAAUGUCUCUGCUCGUUCAGUUCCCUACACCCCUAACCUGUUCUCGCCUUUCUCCCACGACUCUGCUCUCGCAUACACCGUGCCCUUUGACCAGGUCUCAGAAUUCCUCAGAGCCGUUCAGGAGAUUCCGGACUCGUCAGCCGAGGAAGAGGAGGAAGAAUCGAAGAAAUGGAUCAUGAGGGCCGCACGCGGAGCUACUGGCUCGCGCACCGCUCUUAAGAUCUGGCUGACCGAUGCCUGGAGCUCUUUUGUCGAUGUCAUUAAGCACGCUGAGACAAUUGACAUUGUCAUUAUGGUCCUCGGUUACAUCUCGAUGCACUUGAGUUUCGUUUCGCUGUUCUUCUCAAUGAGACGCCUGGGUUCUAACUUCUGGCUCGCUGCCACUGUUCUCUUCUCCGGUUCCUUUGCAUUCCUGUUUGGUCUCCUUGUAACCACCAAGCUCGGUGUGCCGAUCAACCUGCUUCUGCUGUCCGAGGGUCUUCCUUUCCUGGUUGUCACAAUUGGCUUCGAGAAGCCCAUAAUGUUCACUCGUGCGGUUCUCAAUGCCUCCGUGGACAACCGUCGCCCUCACCCUGGUGCCGCUCCCCGACCCCUCGCUUCCAGCACCCCUGCCUCCAUUCAGGACUCUAUUGCGACUGCGAUCAAGCAACAGGGCUUUGAGAUCAUCCAGCACUACUGCAUUGAGAUCGGUCUCCUGGCCAUUGGUGCCGCCUCUGGCGUUCAGGGCGGUCUUCAGCAGUUCUGCUUCCUCGCGGGCUGGAUCCUGUUCUUUGACUGUGUCCUCCUGUUCACCUUCUAUACCACCAUUCUGUGCAUUAAGCUCGAGAUCACCCGCAUCAAGCGUCAUGUCGCACUGCGCAAGGCCCUUGAGGAGGAUGGCAUCACCCACAGCGUUGCUGAGAGCGUUGCCUCCAGCAACGAUUGGCCCAAUGUUGGCUCUGACGGUGGCGAAGGUGAUACUAGCAUUUUCGGACGCAAGAUCAAGUCGAGCAACGUGCGCCGCUUCAAGAUCCUCAUGGUUGGUGGUCUUAUCCUAGUCAAUGUUGUGAAUCUCUCGGCCAUUCCCUUCCGCAACACCGGUAACGGUGCUCUGAUCUCGCGUCUCUCUAAUGUCAUGGCACCUGCCCCUAUUGACCCCUUUAAGGUCGCUGAGAAUGGUCUGGACACCAUUUACGUGACUGCAAAGAGCCAGAAGCAGGAGACCAUGGUCACGAUCAUCCCGCCCAUCAAGUACAAGCUCGAAUACCCGUCUGUUCACUACGCUCCAGGCGAGUCUUCUUCGUUCGAGAUUGAGUACACUGAUCAGUUACUCGAUGCUGUUGGUGGCAAGGUCCUCGAGAGUCUCCUCAAGAGCGUGGAGGACCCCAUCAUUAGCAAAUGGAUCAUCGCCGCGCUUACACUCAGUAUUAUUCUCAAUGGGUACCUCUUCAAUGCUGCUCGCUGGAGCAUCAAGGAACCCGAGGCUACCCCUACUCCUACCCAGGAGCCGGCCGCUCCCAAGGUCUACCCCAAGUUCGAGCCCAACGAGCAGGAGUCAACCCGAACUUUCGAUGAGUGCGCACUGAUCCUGAAGGAGAAGCGUGCGCCUACUCUGACUGAUGAGGAAUUGAUCACUCUUUCACUGAAGGGUAAACUCCCUGGGUACGCCCUUGAGAAGACCAUGGAAGAUGAGAACCUGAUGAGCCGCGUCGACGCUUUCACCCGCGCCGUCAAGAUCCGUCGUUCCGUUAUUGCCCGUACUCCGGCUACCGCUGAAAUUACUGGUUCCCUGGAGUCAUCCAAGCUUCCGUUCGAGCGCUAUAACUACGGUCUUGUCCACGGCGCUUGCUGUGAGAACGUUAUUGGAUAUCUGCCCCUGCCUCUCGGUGUCGCUGGUCCGUUGAAGAUUGACGGCCAGGACUUCUUCAUUCCCAUGGCCACCACUGAAGGUGUUCUUGUCGCCAGUACCAGCCGUGGCUCCAAGGCCAUCAAUGCUGGUGGCGGUGCCACUACUGUCCUCACUGGUGAUGGUAUGACCCGUGGGCCUUGCGUGACCUUCCCUACCUUGGCCCGGGCUGCCGCCGCCAAGGUCUGGAUUGACUCCGAAGAAGGACGUAGCAUCAUCACUGCUGCUUUCAACUCAACAAGUCGCUUCGCCCGUCUCCAAAGUUUGAAGACUGCGCUUGCGGGCACCUACCUUUACAUUCGCUUCAAGACCACCACCGGUGACGCUAUGGGUAUGAACAUGAUCUCCAAGGGUUGUGAGAAGGCCCUCGAUGUCAUGUCCAAGGAAUGUGGAUUCGAUGACAUGUCCAUUAUCUCUCUCUCUGGUAACUUCUGUACCGACAAGAAGUCCGCGGCUAUCAACUGGACCGAUGGCCGUGGUAAGUCCGUUGUGGCUGAGGCAAUUAUCCCCGGUGAUGUCGUGAAGAGCGUCUUGAAGAGUGAUGUCGACGCCCUCGUCGAGCUCAACGUGAGCAAAAACUUGAUCGGAAGUGCCAUGGCUGGUAGCUUGGGCGGUUUCAACGCUCACGCGUCGAACAUUGUCUCCGCUAUCUUCCUGGCCACCGGCCAGGACCCUGCUCAGAACGUGGAGAGCAGCAGUUGUAUUACGACUAUGAAGAACAACAAUGGCAACCUUCAGAUCGCCGUCUCGAUGCCUUCCAUUGAGGUCGGCACCAUCGGCGGUGGUACCAUCCUUGAGGCGCAGUCCGCUAUGUUGGAUCUGCUCGGUGUUCGUGGAGCUCACCCCACCAGCCCCGGUGAGAACGCUCGCCAAUUGGCCCGCAUCAUCGCCGCUUCUGUCCUGGCCGGAGAGCUCAGUCUGUGCUCCGCCCUCGCCGCUGGCCACCUGGUCAAGGCACACAUGGCUCACAACCGAAGCGCCGCCCCUACCCGGUCGUCAACGCCCGUGUCAUCCGCUGUGGGCGCCACUCGUGGCCUUUCUAUGACCUCUAAAUAA